AUGACAUUAAAAGAAGUUGAAUCGGAGGUGGAGAAUCUCAAAGGUGCUAACGAUCUAAUUAAAUCUGAGCUUACGGAUCUUCACAGUAAAUUUGAUACAAUGAGCUCGAAAUUUGAUUCACUGUUCAAGCUGUUUGAACAACAUCAAACCCAACCAAACCCUGACAAAGCCAGUGGUUCUCACAAUGAUACUCAUACGGAUCAUAAUUUCUUUCAUAUCCAACACCAAUUUUUUCCGCCUCAAUAUCACAGAGUCCCUAAAUUGGAUUUUCCACGCUUUGAUGGUGAUAACCCAAGAGGAUGGAUUCCGAAGAGCGAAAGAUACUUUCACCUCAACAAUAUUGAGGAACAUCUGAAAGUGAAUAUUGCUGCAAUCUACUUGGAAGGUAAAGCUGAGAAAUUUUUUUUAAAUUUUCAAAUUAAUAGGCCUCGUAUUACAUGGUCAGAUCUAGUUCUUCAUUUGUGUGCUAGAUUUGAAAAUCCCAUUGAAGAAAAUUUUGUGGGUAGUUUUAAUAAACUUAUUCAAAGCUCAACUGUGGAUGAUUAUUAUGAGGAAUUUGAAUCAUUGAAAUCCUUAAUGCUUAACAUGAAUCCUUCUCUUACUGACACAUAUUUUGUAAUGAGAUUUCUUAGUGGUCUCAAAGAAGAAAUUGGUAAGUCUGUUUCAAUGUUUCAACCAGCUACACUUUCUGAGGCUUUUUCUCUAGCUAGACUGCAAGAACAGAAAUUUAACCUUGCUGCUUCAGCUACCAAGCCAUUUACUAGAUCAUUUAUGAUGCAGUACUCAUCCCCAACUUUCCCACCAAAGCCUAUUCUAACUUCACCUAAAUCUGUGCCUACCACCCCAAAGUCACUUUUCACUUCCCCAUCCAAACCGACCAGUACUUCUCCUACUACUAAACGCCUAACUCAGGAGGACAUGAAUAGAAGAAGAGCACAAGGGUUGUGUUAUAAUUGUGAUGAGGUGUACAAGCAGGGCCACUUUUGUAAAGGGAAACAAAAGAUCUUUAUGCUUCAAGUUGAAAGUACUGAUUCCACAGAAACUGAGGAGGAGGAGGAAGUUUUUGAGGAAACAACUGAGUCACUAGUCCAAUCUGAUAUAGAGGUAUCUUUACAUGCUCUUACAGGUAGUGCAACUGGUGACACCAUUAGGAUUCCAGGUCUACUCCAUAAGAGAAAGGUAUCCAUUCUCAUUGAUUCGGGUAGCACAACAAGUUUUAUUGAUAGCACAUUAGCUACUUCUCUUAAAUUUUCCAUUGAGCAAACUCCAUCCAUGCUAGUCACAGUUGCCAAUGGGGAACAAACUGUAAGCACUGGGAUUUGUUCUAACCUCCAAUGGAGUAUGCAGGGACACACCUUUGUUGAAAUUUUAAGAUUGUUGCCAUUGGGUGGAUGUGAUAUUGUCCUAGGUGCUGAUUGGAUGAGGACCUUGGGUGAUGUCGUCUUUAAUUUCUAUAAGUUAACCAUUUCUUUCAAGUACCAUAACAAGAAAAUUACUUUACAAGGUACUUCUCCAUCUUCUUCUUUACUUAUGGUUAGUGGAGAGUCAGUUAAGAAAUUAUUUUCCACAACUUCCCACGGCAUUGUGGGACAUUUAUUCUCCAUCUCCUUAACCCCUGACCCACCAACUACUCCUGCCAAUCUCCAACCCUUGUUACAUGAUUUUCAGGACAUUUUUCAAGAACCAACCAAACUUCCACCUCAGAGAAGUUUGGAUCACAAAAUUCCCUUACAACCCCUUUCUUCACCUGUCAAUCAAAGAGCUUAUAAAUUCCCUUAUGUUCAGAAAGGUGUGGUUGAACAGUUAGUAAAGGAAAUGCUCCACACUGGAAUCAUUCAACCUAGUCACAACCCAUUUGCUUCCCCAAUACUUCUUGUUAGAAAGAAAAAUGGUUCUUGGAGAUUUUGUGUAGACUAUAGGAAGUUAAACAGUAUCACUAUUAAAGAUAAAUUCCACAUUCCUAUUGUUGAUGAAUUAUUGGAUGAGUUGAAGGGGUCUACAGUCUUCUCCAAGAUUGAUUUAAGAGCAGGAUAUUAUCAAAUCAGAGUGAGUGCCAAAGACAUCUUUAAGAUAGCAUUCAGAACUCAUCAUGGCCACUAUGAGUUCAAAGUAAUGCCAUUUGGCCUUACAAAUGCUCCUGCUACAUUCCAGGCCUUAAUGAAUGAUAUUUUUCAACCAUUUUUGAGAAGAUUUGUUCUAGUCUUUUUUGAUGAUAUAUUUAUUUACAGCCAAAACAUGGAUGAGCAUUUGGAGCAUCUUAAAAUUGUUUUCGUCUUGUUGAGGCAACACCAACUCUUUUCCAACAUGUCCAAAUGUUGCUUUGGACAACCUUCUUUGGAAUAUCUGGGUCACAUUAUUACAGCUCAAGGGGUUUGUGCAGAUCCAAAUAAAGUUACUUGUAUGCAAAAUUGGCCAGUGCCUAAGAACAUUAAAGAAUUGAGAGGUUUUGUUGGCCUCACUGGUUACUAUAAAAAUUUUGUGCAAGGCUACAGUUUAAUAAGUAAACCUCUGACAAAUCUUCUUAAGAAUGACUCCUUCCUUUGGACACCAUCUGCAACACAUGCCUUUGAUCAACUCAAUUCAGCAAUGAGCACUACCCCUGUUCUAGCUCUUCCAGACUUCACCAAACCAUUUGUGGUUGAAAGUGAUGCUAGUGAUCUCUGUGUUGGUGCUGUUUUACUUCAAUAUGGCAAGCCCAUAGCUUUUUUCAGCAAACCCUUGGGUCCCAGAGCCAGAGCCCUCUCUACUUAUGAAAAGGAGCUUUUAGCCAUUGUCUUGGUUGUUCAGAAAUGGAGACAAUAUUUGCAGGCCACCAAAUUUACUAUUAAAAAUGGUCAUCAAAGUCUCAAGUACUUCCUUGAACAGAAACUCACCACUACAUUUCAACAAAAGUGGUUGAUUAAGCAAUUGGGGUUUGAUUAUGAUAUACAAUAUAAGAAAGGAGCUAAUAAUGUGGUCGCAGAUGCUCUUUCUAGAAGGCCUACUGUAGGUGUGACUUGUAGUUCUCUGGUUGUUUCUACACCAACUUGGGUCCAUGAAGUUCUUACAAGCUAUUUGGAGGAUGCCAAAGUUUCUCAGCUCAUCUCUCAACUUCUUCUCAGUCCUCACAGUGUACCUAAUUAUACAUAUAAAGAAGGCAUUCUAAGGUACAAGUCUAAACUCUACAUUGGCACAGGAGGUAAUGUCAGACAAACUCUUUUGGCUUCUCUACAUGCAUCUGCAAUUAGUGGGCAUUCAGGAAUUUAA